GGGUGUUUUGUCUAAGAAGCCUCUAACACCUCAGCAAGCUUCAUUUUCUGAUGGUAACAAUAAACACAGGUGAACAUAGAAUCAAGGAAUACUAAUCUAUUCUACCUGUGUAUGAAGUAGCUGAUUAAAAAAUAGCAGCUUGUUGGUUAAAAAGCACCAGGUUAAACUGGAGCUACGUUACAUAUACAGUACGUCUAUAAUCUAAAUAGUAACAUACCAUGAACAUUUCUCCCAGUUUCAUCAGUUUGUCUCCAUUUUUUCCGAGAGGAUUUUAUAUUAUUUUUUAUGUUAUUUUUUAUAAUAUCUCCGCGCAUCCUUUGUGUGUUUUACAUAUUAUAGCCUCAGAGUAAGUGAAACUCGCCUUUGAACCAAACGAAAUGAAACCCAUUUGUUUCACUUCAGCGGAUGCUGCGCUCACCGCCCCCCUCGUCAACGACAGCGGCACCGCCUAUAGGUGGAGAGGCUGAAGGCACCAAACCCUCGGAACCGGCCAAUAUGCGCGCGGAUGGGCGGUCGCACUUUUACGCAGGCUCUCAAGCGCCCCAAGUUAAAACUCCUGCGCGCUUUUCCCGCACAGCAUGUCGACGCUCUGCGCGGACGGACGCACGGGAGCCGCCGCGCGCGCACCCCGAUGACUCGCAGCACUUUGAGCAUCCUCACAUUUCCCCCGUGAACCCAGAACGCAGAGGCGCCUGCUUUCGGAGGGGCUGCGUCGGAUCCGCCGCCAACAUGCUGCUCCACAGACUUCUCCUGUGUCUCUCAGUAACAGGUAUUGUCGCCGCGCAGCCCGACAGCUCCGGGUUAUUUUACGCACUGAGAUCGGAGCUGUCAGAAGAUGCCAUCUUGGUGGCCAACAACGGAAUACGCGUGCCUUUCGGGAGAUCGGUCUUCGUCGAUCCCAUCAACGACCUGGUGAUCCAGACGCAGCCGGGGGACCGAUGCAGCAUCACCGUGCUGGACAACGACCCGCUCGCGCAGAGACCGGGGCAUCUCUCUCCCAAAAAGUUUCCGUGCGAUUUCGGACCCAGCGACGUGACGUACUCGCACUACGGCUCCCGGAGUCCCACGAGGGACAGAGUGCGGCUGCAGCUGAGGUACGACGCGCAGAGCGAAACCGUGAUCAUUCCGUUUAUGAUGGAGGUUGAAGUAGUUUUUACGCAGCUCGAGUUGCUCACCAAAAACAUGCCUCUCACCAUCGCCAACCUUAAAGGCACCAGCAACCCCAUCGAUAGGAAGGUUUUAGAGUUCACCUACGACAGGAACUCCUAUAAAUGUGAGGUGGCGUCGCUUUCUAGCGGCAGCCCGCUGCCCAGAUACGGACGACUCGUCGAUGGGGGGAAACUUUCUAACAUGAUGGACUGUGAUGAAUUCACCCGCGCCGGCGUGCGCUACCAGCACACGUUUGAGGGCAGAUCGCCCAACAGAGACUACGUCCCCAUGGUUGUGGAGCUGCACGACGCCGAGGGCAACCUGGUGAAGCAGGAGUAUUUUCAUUUAAUGAUCCGCAUCAAGGAGGGAGAGGAAAACACGCCCCCCAAGCCCAGCUUCGUGGCCAUGAUGAUGAUGGAGGUCAGCCAGUUCGUCAUGACCGCCCUCACCCCCGACGUGCUCGCCGCGGAGGACGCCGAGACCGACCCGGACGAGCUCAUUUUCAACAUCACCUCCCCCCCGUCCUACGAGGAAGGCUACAUCGUCAGCACCGAUGACAGGAACCUCCCCAUCACAUCUUUCUACCAGAGAGACUUGCGGGACCUGAAAAUCGCCUACAAGCCGCCCUCGCUGGACUCGGACACUGAGAGGAUUUUCCAGCUGGAGUUCGAGGUGCUGGACACAGAUGGGGCCACUUCGGACCCCUUCGCGUUCAUGAUCGUCGUGAAGCCGAUGAACACGCUGGCCCCCGUGGUGACGCGGAACACGGGCCAGCUGCUCUACGAAGGGCAGUCGCGGCCGCUCUUCAGCGCCCACAACCUGGAGAUCAGCGACGAGGACAACCUGGACGCCGUGACGGUGGCGGCGGUGGACGGGCUGCGCCACGGGGACCUGGUGGUGCUGGGAUCGCACAGGAAGUUCUUCACGCCCGCCGACCUCAGCACGGGGGUGGUCGUGUACCACCACGACGGGAGCGACACCUACAGCGACAACAUAGUCUUCAAAAUGACGGACGGGAAACACGAAGUAGAAUUCCUUUUUCCCAUCACGGUCGUUCCCACUGAUGACGAGCCGCCAAUCAUAAACGCCAACACUGGCUUGGUGCUGUUCAAAAAUCAAAUGAUGCUGGUGUCUCCCCUCAUGCUAAGCGCCGCCGACAUCGACUCCGAGGACUCGACCAUUAAAUUCACCGUUGUCCCUCCCUUCUCCACCGUCGGCACAGUGCUGCUGAGGCAGUCGGACGCCCCGGAGGACCCCUCAUCGUGGAAGUUCAACUCCGAGGACGAAGUGUAUGAGAAGGAGGUGACGGAGUGGCUUCAGAAAGAUAUUACUGAUGGGAAGUUGUUUUACAAGCACGUGGGUCCACACAACAGUGACACGGUCCUGGAUCAGUUUGUGUUCACCGUCAAGGACGACAACGACCCCCCCAAUGAGUCGCAGGAGACGGUCUUUCAGAUUCGGAUCUUGCCUAUCGACGACGUGCCCCCUGAGCUGUUCCCCGGCACCACCCUGCAGAUGAACGUCCAGGAGUACAAGCUCACUCACUUCAGCAAAGAGGUUUUGCGCUACACCGAUUUGGACUCUGAGGACCGCGACCUUAAGUACACGGUCCUCCAGCCCCCGACGGACACUGACGAGAACAACCCGGCAGAGUUCGGCUCUUUGGUUCUGACAGACGCCCCCGACACCGAAGUCACAGAGUUCACGCAGGCCCAGAUCAGCCACCAUAAGAUCUCCUACAGCCCCCCAGACGUGGAGCUGGGGAUCACGGCCCACGUGGUGCAGUUCCGUUACGCUGUUGAGGACACGGCGGGGAACAGCGUGGAGGGGGCGUUCACCAUCAACCUCCAGCCCGUCAACAACAAACCCCCUCAGAUUACGAACACCGGCUUCUCCGUGUUGGAGCGCGGCGUGCACGUGGUGAGCGUCGCCGAGCUGGACGCCAGCGACCUCGACACGCAGAGCGAGCACAUCACCUUCACGCUGAGUCAGCCGCCGAAGCACGGACAGGUGCAGGUCGCGCUCGCCGAGCUGAGGACCAAAGGGCUCUUCACACUGGAGGACGUGUCAGAGGGGAAGGUGUCGUAUGUUCACGGUGGGGACGAGGCGGCGAGCGACGACUUCCGGCUGGAUGUCAGCGACGGGAUCCACGUGGUACCGGUGACGGUCCGAGUUCACGUGAAGCCUGUGGAUGAUGAAGCCCCCGUCGUCAGCCUGCCCGCGGGCACCAUCGGGUCCCAUGUGGAUGUGCUGGAAAACGGCGCCACCGAAAUCACAUCUAAUGUGAUUCAAGGCCGGGACGCUGACACGGAUGACCUCGAGUUGACCUUUAUAGUGGAAGACCCUCCGGUGCUGGGAGAAAUACUGGUCAAAGGAGUCACUGCCAAUAGGUUUACACAGGCUGAUAUCAUUAACGGAGUGGUUGUUUACGCACACACGGGGGGUGAGAUAGGCAUCACCUCCCAGCAGGACGCCUUUAAUCUGACUCUCACAGACAUGUCCAGUGAUUGGACAGUUGGCGGAAAUAAGGUCAGUGGGGUCCGUGUUGGGGUCACCAUUCUUCCUGUUGACAGCCAGGCCCCCGAGGUCAGCGUUGGGAUUCAAUUCAGUGUCAUUGAAGGGGAGAAAUAUGCCAUCGGGCCCCAGCACUUGAACGCUGAUGAUGAUGAUACACCAGCGGAUGAUAUCCUCUGCACCAUUAUCGUCCAGCCCACUGCAGGCUAUGUGGAGAAUAUAUCGCCGGCCCCAGGCUCAGAAAAGUCCAGGUCAGGAACAGCCAUCAGUGCUUUUACCAUUAGAGACAUCAGGGAGGGGAAUAUCUUCUAUGUGCAGAGCAUUCACAAAGGGGCUGAGCCAGUGGAGGACAGAAUCACAUUUAGGUGCUCUGAUGGCAUCAAUUUGUCAGAGAACUAUUUCCUCCCAAUAGUUAUCAUCCCAGCCAAUGAUGAAAAGCCGGAGAUUUAUUUGAGGGAGAUUGUCGUGAUGGAGGGGAUGAACAUCAUCAUCGACACUCCCAUCCUUAACGGCGCUGAUGCCGAUAUUCCACCUGAUGAGCUGCUCUUCAUCAUCGCCAAGCCUCCUAAACACGGUGCUAUUUUGAACCAGCUCUCAACGGGCUCAGUGCUGGUGGCUAAUUUCACUCUGGAGCAGAUCCGCGAGGCGUCCAGUGUCAUUUACGAGCACGACGACUCCGAGACGACGGAGGACAGCUUCGACGUGAUCCUGACGGACGGGAAGCACUCCGUGCAGAAAACGGCCACGAUCGUGAUCAUCCCCGUUGACGACGAGACGCCGAGGAUGCUCAUAAACGACGGCCUGGAGGUGGAAGUGGGAGAGGCCAAAGAGAUCAGCAGCCGAGCGCUCAGAGCGACGGAUCUGGACUCGGACGACAGCGCGCUCGCCUACAUCAUCCGCUUCGGGCCGGGUCAGGGCCUCCUGCAGAGGAAAACUCCGUCCGGGUCUCUGGAGAACAUCACACUGGGGAUGAACUUCACACAAGCUGACGUCGAUGCCGGGCUCAUAGUUUACACACACAACGGACAGGAGGGCGUCCGCGACCUGCUCAAGUUCGACGUCACAGACGGGAUGAACCCGCUCAUCGACCGCUACUUCUACAUCACCGUGGGCAGCAUCGACAUGGUGUUCCCCGACGUGGUCAGUAAAGGUGUGUCCCUGAGGGAAGGUGGCAGAGUGACCCUGACCACCGAUCUGCUCAGCACCACGGACCUCAACAGCCCUGAUGAAAACCUGGCGUUCACCAUCACGCGGGCGCCCGUCAGGGGCCACCUGGAGUGCACGGACAGCCCCGGGAUGCCCAUCGUCUCCUUCACUCAGCUGCAGCUGGCCGGAAGUAAGAUUUACUACCUCCACACCUCGGACGACGAGGUCAAAAUGGACAGUUUCGAGUUCGAAGUCACCGACGGCUACAAUCCCGUCUUCCGAACUUUCAGAAUCUCCAUCGUGGACGUGGACAAUAAGAAGCCUGUGGUGACGGUGAACGGUCUGGUUGUGGCGGAGGGCCAGAGCAAGCUCAUCACGCCGUUUGAGCUCACGGCCGAGGACCAGGACACGGCCGAGCGGCUGCUGAGGUUCACCGUCACCCAGCCGCCGGUCCACGGUCAACUCCUCUUCAACCGCACCAGCGCCGUCGCCAGCUUCACCAAGCACGACCUCAACGAGAACCUCAUCAGCUACAAACACGACGGCACCGAGUGGCCGGAGGACUCCUUCUCCUUCACCGUCACGGACGGCACGCACACCGACUUUUAUGUUUUCCCAAACACCGUUUUUGAGACGCGCCGACCGCAAACCAUGAAGAUCACUGUUGUGGGGCUGGACGACGGCGUGCCACAGGUCGUGGUGAAUAGAGGCGCCCCGACUCUGAAGACCCUGAGCACAGGGCACCUGGGCUUCCCCAUCAGCUCCAGGGUGCUGAGGGCGGAGGACAGAGACAGCCGGCCGGACUCUCUGCUGUUCCAAAUAACCACGCAGCCAAGACACGGUUACAUCGUCAACCUGAGACAAGGCAACAACUCCGUUCACACCUUUAACCAAGCCGACAUCGAUGACCUCAACAUCUGCUACGUGCUGCGGAGCGAGGAAAACGCCACAACUGAUAGCUUCUCUUUCUCUGUGGAGGAUCGAGGGGGGAACAAGCUGAAGGGGCAGCAGUUCCGUCUGGACUGGGCCUGGAUCUCCCUGGAGAAGGACUACUACGUGGUGGACGAGGAGGACAAGUUCCUGGAGGUGGUGCUCAAACGGAGAGGCUUCCUGGGAGAGACGUCCUUCGUCGGCAUCGGCACCAUGGACGGCAGCGCGAAGAAGGACGAGGACUUCAAGGGGAAGUCUCAGAGGCAGGUCCAGUUCAACCCCGGGCAGAGCAGAGCCACGUGGCGGGUUCGGAUCCUGACCGACGGCAAAUACGAACAGGCGGAGACCUUCCAGAUUUUGCUCAUGGAGCCGGUGAUGGGAGUGAUGGAGUUCCCUUCCACAGCGACAGUGGAAAUCCUAGAUCCCAAUGACGAGUCCACUGUGUUCUUCCCUGAACACACUCAGGCCGUGGAGGAAGACGUCGGGGAGCUUUUGGUGCCGGUUCACCGCAGUGGAGACAUCAGCCAGGAGCUCAUGGUGGUCUGCUACACACAGCAGGGCUCCGCCUCGGGAACCAUUCCCACCACCGUCCUGUCCUACUCGGACUACAUCUCCCGCCCGGAGGAACACGGCAGCGUCCUGCGCUUCGACAGCGGGGAGCGGGAGAAGCGGUGCCGCGUGGUGAUCAUCGACGACUCCCUGUACGAAGGAGAGGAGAGCUUCAACGUCACCCUGUCGCUGCCCGUCGGCGGACGCCUGGGAGGACACUACCCCACAGCCCAGAUCACCAUCUUGCAGGACAUGGAUGACGCUCCAGCGUUCUACUUUGGAGAGGUGGAGUACCGCGUGGACGAGAGCGAUGGAUACGUGGAGGUCAACGUGUGGAGGACGGGAACUGAUUUGUCCAAGGCCGGCACCGUGACGGUCCGCUCCCGCAAGUCUGAGCCCGUGUCUGCAGAAGCUGGGAUUGAUUACGUGGGCAUCAGCCGGAACCUGGACUUCGCCCCAGGCGUCAGCGUGCAGACGUUCAGGGUCGCCAUUCUGGACGACUUGGGCCACCCAGAGCUGGAGGGGACGGAGACCUUCGACUUGGUCCUACGCAUGCCGGUGAACGGCAUCCUGGGAGAACAUGCGAAAGCGACAGUCUUCAUCAAUGACUCAGUGUCUGACUUACCCAAGGUCCAGUUCCGCCAGCUGCUGUACUCCGGCGAGGAGAGUGACGGUCGGAUCGCGGCCGCGGUCUAUCGCAGCGGCGACGUCCGCCACAGAUCCACCGUUCGCUGCUACACCCGUCAAGGCUCCGCAGAGGUCGCCUCCGACUUCGAAGAGCGGCCCAACACAGACGCCUCCAUCAUCACCUUCCUGCCAGGCGAGGUGGAGAAGCUGUGUGUUCUGUCACUGGUUGACGACACGCUGUAUGAGGAGGGAGAGGAGCUGCGCUUGGUCUUGGGGAGCGCAAAGAGCGAAUCGCAGUUCGGAGCCACAGUCGGAGCGCUGAACGAGACCACGGUGAAAAUCAGGGACACCGCUGACAAACCCAUCAUCCGCUUUCUGGAAACCAAGUUCAGCAUCAGCGAGCCAAAGGAGGCGGGCGCCGUGGCAACCGUGAGGAUCCCCGUGGUUCGACUGGGCGACGCAUCAAAGAUGUCGGUGGUCCGCGUUCACACCAAAGACGGGUCGGCGGUCUCGGGAGAGGACUACUACCCAGUGUCCAAAGACGUUGAGUUCAAACAGGGGGACACAGAACAUCUGGUGGAGGUGGAGGUGCUGUUCGAUGGUGUCAGGGAGAUGAGGGAAGCGUUUACUCUCCACCUGAAGCCUGAUGAAAACAUGGUGGCUGAAACUCAGGUAACGAAAGUGAUCGUCUACAUAGAGGAGACCAACAGCAUGGCCGACGUUACCUUCCCCUCCCUGCCUCACGUGGUGUCGCUGCUCCACUACGACAACGUCGCCGCGGCGCCGAGCCUCCAGCCGCCGGCCGGAUACCCUGUGAUCUGCGUGACCGCCUGCGACACCAAGUACCCGGACUACGACAAGACGGGCUCCAUAUGCGUCGGCGAGCGCAUCAACAACACGCUGACCCGCUACCGCUGGCUCAUCGGCGCCCCGGCCGGCCCGGACGGCGUCACCGGGCCCAUGAGGGAGGUGGACGUGGACACGUUCUUCACCUCCUCCAAGGCCAUCACGCUGGACUCGGUGUACUUCCAGGCCGGCUCCAGGGUCCAGUGCGCCGCCAGGGCGGUGAGUUCCACCGGGGACGAGGGCUUGGAGCUCAGCAGCCCCAUCAUCAUCAUCAGCAGGGAGGAAGGCAUGUGUCAGCCGCGAAAGAUGGGGACCGUCGGCGCCGAGCCGUUCUCCGCCAAGCUACGCUACACGGGCGCGGACGACCCCGAGCACCCCAACCUCAUCCGAGUGGCUGUCACCAUGCCUCACAUAGACGGAAUGCUGCCGCUCAUCUCCACCCGGCCGCUCCUCAACUUCGACCUGACGCUCGGGCCCGACGGCACGCGGGUGGGCCACCACCGCUGCUCCAACCUGCUGGACCACCACGAGGUCGCCACGGGCCACGGGUUCGUCACGGCGGCGACGCGCGGCCCCGGCGGCGACGCGGCGCCGCACCAGUUCAGCGCCGCCCUGCGCGGGAGCGGCGCGCUGCGCUUCUACAGGAACCUCAACCUGGAGGCCUGUCUGUGGGAGUUCACCAGCUACUACCACAUGUCUGAGCUGCUCACUGACUGCGGCGGCACCAUCGGCACCGACGGACAGGUGCUGAACCUGGUCCAGUCCUACGUGACCCUGCGUGUGCCGCUCUACGUGUCGUACGUGUUCCACUCCCCGGUGGGAACCGGCGGCUGGCAGCACUUUGACCUUCAGACCGAGUUGCGCCUCACCUUCGUCUACGACACGGCCAUCCUGUGGAAGGAUGGCAUCAGCAGCCCCCCGCAGGCCGAGCUUCAGGGUGCAUUGUACCCGACCAGCAUGCGCAUCAACGAGCAGGGACGCCUGGUGGUGAACUUCCGCACCAAGGCUCGUUUCAGGGGUCUGUUCAUGGAGUCUCAUUCUAAAAGAGCCGCAACCUCCAUGUCAUCCAUGGUGAUGAGCGUGGACCACCCAGGCCUGACCUUUAACCUCACCUUAGUGAGGAGUGAGCCCACCUACAACCAGCCAGUCCAGCAGUGGACAUUCAGCUCCGACUUUGCUGUGAGAGACUAUUCUGGGACCUACACGGUUAAACUGAUCCCCUGUACGACCGCGCAGAACCUGGAGUACACUGUUCCCCCUGUUUGCAGUCCCAGAGAACCAGUCACCUUUGACCUGGACAUCAGAUUCCAGCAAGUCAGUGAUCCAGUUGCAGUGGAAUUCAGUCUGAACACUCAGAUGCUCCUUCUGUCCAAGAGGAAUUUGUGGCUGUCAGACGGCUCCAUGGGUUUCGGUCAGGAGAGCGACAUAGCCUUUUCUGAGGGUGACAUGGUCUAUGGGCGUGUGAUGGUCGACCCCGUGCAGAACCUGGGAGACUCGUUCUUCUGCAGCAUAGAGAAGGUGUUCCUCUGUACUGGAGCCGAUGGAUACGUACCAAAGUAUAAUCCCACCAAGUUUGAAUUUGGCUGCUUGGCCGACUCUCCGUCUUUGCUUUAUAGAUUCAAGAUCCUUGACAAGGCUCAGCCUGAAACUCAAGCCCGUGUAUUUGGUGAUGUCAGUUUUAAUGCUGUGCUGGCGGUGGAUGAUCCAUCAGCCAUGGCCCUUGUCCGACAGCCUGGGUCUGACGGCUUCAAACUGGACUCUACUGCACUGUUCCAGGUCGCUGCGGGCCGCGAGUGGUACAUUCACACCAUUUACACAGUGCGCUCCAGGGGGAGCGCCAACAGAGGCAUUGGCAAGCGCAGCCUGGAGUAUCACACCUCACUGUCCGCCAGCGGCGCUCUCGCCCCGGGCCGCGCCAGGAGGUCGACCGGCGGCGGAGUCCCGGGCGCCGCCGAGGGCAUCGGCGCCGAGAGCAACCGCGGCACCAACAUCAUGCACAUCGCUCUGGACCGGAACAAGCGGCGCGCGGGCGGCUCCAAGGACGUGUUCGCCAAAGGGCUGGAGGGCAGCGAGCUGGACGCGGGGGAGGGGGAGGAGGGCGUGGUGACCGUGGUGGGGGCGCUGGUGGGGCUGCUGCUGACCGUCCUCGUCGCCGCCGUCGUCGUGCUGGGCCUCAGGUCCCGGCAGCAGAAUGCCAAGGAGGGGUGGAGCGAGGGGGUGCGGGAGGUGGUGAAAGGCUCCGUCAGCACGGAGCCCAUGCUGGUGGUGAGGAUGCAGGGCUGCCACAGCAGCUCCGAGGUCUGAGCGCUGGACGCGGGAGUGGACGGACGGACAAUGGCGCCGAGGGAGUUUGCAGCCUUUUAUAAGAUUUUCGAUUUUCUUUUCUUUUCUUUUAUUUUUAACCGGUAAUUACUUUCAUAACACCAAAAAUCUUACUGCGUGGAUGUGCCUGUUAGCGGGGGGAUUUCUACAGUAUUAGAUCCAUUAUGUACUUGAUCAGAGCAACAGUCCAGCCAGCUGUUUUCCACUCUCAUUCCGACGUGUGCACUGCUAGUAGCAUGAUGUUUCCUCUCCCUCUGACAGGCUUUAUGCUAUCACAGUGCCUGAGGCGGUUCUAUACCUUCAGGACAGUCGCAUUCACCACGAGCACCUUUCUAAUAAAGCUAGUGUCACGUAGACCAAGGCAGAGAUUUCGCACUGCAGGGAAGCCUCGGGUAGAGGCUACUGCUGGUUUUCAUACCGAGCGCUCUGUAGUUCCUAAAACAGGCUCCAGUGGUGUCAACCUGCCCUCGUGUCAGACACUAUAGUAUAACCGAGCAUCUCCCAAAACACUAUAAAUAAGACUUUGCAGGACAUUGUGUAGCGAUUCCAGAUGACACAAUGUGCAGCGAUGGAGAUAAGCACACACCACACGGCGGGUUUCUUAUCUGGAACUAAACCCGCGUAACGCUCUUAUCCGAACACCGAAGAUGAAAAACACUACUGAUGGAAUUCACAUUUAAUAACCAGCGAAUUAUUUUAUUCGUAAUAAAACAGCUACUGUAAUUUAUUCACCAUAUGAUGAAUGUUUUCAGCUCAGCAAUUCUUUUGGUUUGGGUUGUUUUGAUACUUUUCUAAACCUCAGAUUCUGUGACGUGUUUACAGUUGAUCUAUGUUUCUUUCACCGUAACGUUUAUUGUUCACUCUUGUAGUGUGUCAUUGCCAUGUUCGAUCAACAGGCGCUUGACAUUUUCGAAAACACAUCUCAGGAGUUGUUUCUUUUACAGAGAACGAACUGUGUGUUGUAACACAAUUUACUGCUGUUGGCGGACGAGAUCCUCCACAGAGCCACCUUCCUCCUCUGUCUUACACUGCUCAUAAGUGUGGUGCUGUGAACAUGCAAAUACCGUAUCCAUAGCCACACAUUCUUCUCAUGUGUUCCUGUAGGCUUUAUUUGUCACUAGUGCUGUGUGGGAUUUCAGUGUUCUGAGUCACGUUUUUAAAACAAUGGAUUCAAACAAAAUAGCUGCUUACAGAUCAGUAUGUCACUUUCAGUAAUAUUCUGUUGGAGACACUGGAUAUAAUCUACCACUGUAUAUCAUCCUUUGGUUGCUGCUUUGUUGUGUUGUUAAACCUGUGUCUUACUCUGGUAUAAAUAUACAGCAUAAUGAGAUCUGUGUACCUAAAUAUUUGGGUGUCGUUAGUCAUCAUUGUGUAAUCAUUUACAAUAUUAACCGAUGGGAUUGAUGUGACGCAGGAAUGACCUGAGAUGUUCAUUUGUCCCGAUGAAUUAGGAAACAACGUAUGUGACAUCAAAUGCACUUUUGACUCACCUCCCUCACAUGCCAAUCCAAGCUAUGCAAUGUAAUGUACACCCCAUAGCAAGUUAUCCCUAUGUAUAUCACAAUUUUAGCAGAAACAAUCAAACUUGAUAUUCACUUUGUGUCUUUUUCCUAAUGAGUUUUUAUGUACAUGUAUUUAAAAAUAAACACUGUUGCUUACUG